GCCUGCGGCGGCGCCAUGGGCCUACUGCCGGCUCACCUGCCUCUGCUCUCGGCCGCCUUCCUCCGGAGCGGCCGCCACCCGGCGGCGGAGGCCACGCGGCGCCCGCGGGUUUCCUAUGUGAUUCGAGAUGAAGUGGAGAAGUACAAUCGGAAUGGAGUCAAUGCCCUGCAGCUGGACCCAGCGCUCAACAGACUCUUCACAGCGGGCCGAGACUCCAUCAUAAGAAUAUGGAGUGUCAACCAGCACAAGCAAGACCCAUAUAUAGCAUCUAUGGAGCACCACACAGACUGGGUGAACGAUGUCGUGCUCUGCUGCAAUGGGAAAACGUUAAUAUCUGCUUCCUCUGACACAACGGUCAAAGUAUGGAACGCACACAAAGGGUUCUGCAUGUCCACACUCAGGACACAUAAGGAUUAUGUAAAGGCCUUAGCAUAUGCCAAGGAUAAAGAGCUGGUAGCAUCGGCUGGGUUGGACAGACAAAUAUUCCUUUGGGAUGUGAAUACUCUGACAGCAUUGACUGCCUCAAAUAACACUGUCACAACUUCUUCUUUAAGUGGGAACAAAGAUUCUAUUUAUAGCCUGGCCAUGAACCAACUGGGAACAAUCAUUGUAUCAGGGUCCACUGAGAAGGUUCUAAGAGUGUGGGAUCCAAGAACCUGUGCAAAACUCAUGAAGCUGAAAGGGCACACGGACAACGUGAAGGCUCUGCUGCUGAACAGGGACGGCACGCAGUGCCUCUCUGGGAGUUCAGAUGGGACGAUUCGCCUGUGGUCCCUUGGCCAGCAGAGAUGUAUAGCAACAUACCGAGUCCACGAUGAAGGCGUUUGGGCCCUACAAGUCAACGAUGCCUUCACGCAUGUAUAUUCUGGAGGAAGGGACAGGAAGAUUUACUGCACAGACCUAAGAAACCCUGACAUUCGGGUGCUGAUUUGUGAAGAAAAAGCACCAGUUCUCAAGAUGGAGCUUGACAGAUCAGCAGAUCCCCCUCCUGCAAUCUGGAUUGCAACAACAAAGUCCACAGUAAAUAAGUGGACACUGAAAGGAAUUCAUAAUUUCCGAGCCUCUGGUGAUUAUGACAAUGACUGUACGAAUCCCAUAACACCCCUCUGCACACAGCCCGACCAGGUUAUUAAAGGCGGCGCUAGUAUCAUUCAAUGCCACAUCCUUAAUGAUAAGAGACAUAUAUUAACCAAAGAUACAAAUAACAAUGUGGCGUAUUGGGACGUGUUGAAGGCGUGCAAAGUGGAGGAUUUGGGCAAAGUGGACUUUGAAGACGAAAUUAAGAAAAGAUUUAAAAUGGUGUAUGUUCCAAAUUGGUUCUCAGUAGAUCUAAAAACAGGGAUGCUGACGAUUACUCUGGAUGAAAGUGACUGCUUUGCUGCCUGGGUUUCUGCGAAAGAUGCUGGCUUCAGCAGUCCCGACGGGUCAGACCCAAAAUUGAACUUAGGAGGCCUUCUACUGCAGGCACUUCUGGAGUACUGGCCGAGAACACAUGUGACUCCCAUGGAUGAAGAAGAGAAUGACGUGAACCAUGUGAGUGGGGAGCAGGAGAGCAGAGUCCAGAAGGGAAAUGGGUAUUUCCAAGUGCCCCCCCACACCCCUGUGAUCUUUGGCGAAGCUGGAGGUCGCACACUGUUCAGGCUGCUCUGCCGGGAUUCCGGGGGGGAGACGGAGGCGAUGCUUCUCAAUGAGACGGUACCACAAUGGGUAAUUGACAUCACUGUGGAUGAUAAAUUCCUAGAAGUGGAAUUGCUGGAUCAAAGGAAAAAUAUGCCCAAAUUCAACAAAAUUCCUUUCUACCUCCAACCUCAUGCAUCUUCAGGAGCAAAAACUUUAAAAAAAGACAGACUCUCUGCCAGUGACAUGCUGCAGGUCCGGAAGGUAAUGGAACAUGUCUAUGAGAAGAUCAUCAACCUGGAUAAUGAGUCUCAAACCACUAGUUCUUCUAAUAACGAAAAGCCAGAGCAGGAGAAGGAGGAGGAUAUUGCCGUGUUGGCAGAGGAGAAAAUUGAACUUCUGUGCCAGGACCAGGUUUUGGACCCAAAUAUGGACCUUCGAACAGUAAAGCACUUCAUAUGGAAGAGUGGUGGAGACCUGACACUCCAUUACCGUCAGAAGUCCACGUGAAGGGUGGGCCCAUGCUCCUGGGUUCUUCAUCAACCUUCCGCUGCGACCCCGAGUAGUCCUAGGAAGCCCACCAAGCCCUACCGGGAGCAGGACCUCCACCGGCCGAUCUGGUGAAGUGACUAAUGGAGUUGUAAUAUAGAACCAGGUUCCAUGCAUAGAUUAAGUUGUCCCCAGGGAUUCAGUGCAGGGACAGAAGAGCCCCAGGCACUGUCCUUGGAGAUGUACAGAGAACCUCAGCAGGCCAGUGCAGACUUCGCUGACUCCUUUUGAAGGGCCCGCCCACCUCUGUCUCUUAGCACUUGGUAGGGAACAUCAGUGGGGCCACAUCUGUCACCGUGUUUGAGUUUCAAACCCACGAGUUCUGCAGCUUUUCUAGGUGCAUUCCACUCAUGCAGCACCUGUGAAGGCUUUUUCCAAAUUACAAAAAAAAAAGUUGUCUUCAUCAUGUAAAGUUCUUUUUAAUGGGAAUCAUCACUGUUGCACAAUUCAAGAGCCAGCCCGUUUCAUAAGAAAUGAUUAUCUUGGGCUACUUUUGAAAUACCGAAUCUCAGCUAUGCUCUGUAGGAAGACCUUCUACAACUCCAGGGCCGGGGCGCGGUGCCAAGUACUGCCCCUCAGUAACCUGGCUGCACAAGAGCCCGAGCCGCUGUGCACGGUCCUUCCUCGCGUGCCCGCCGUCUUCCUCACAGGCAGAGCCCGCGGGAACCACAACUCUUGCCCUGGGCGAGCAGCAUGAUACUGUCAAGACGUAAGACCAUGCUGAAGUUCCAUUUCAUUCAAAUGCUACCUAAAGUUUAUGUUAUUUAGAGUAAAAAGAUCUCGGUGAGUUGAUUUGAUAUUUAUAUCGUGGUCCAUGUUUGUUUUUCCAGUUUUAUACGCAGGCUUUUGUUGUACCUGCGUCCAGAUCUUUCCUUGUCUUUCUAACAAUCAAAAGCUUUCAUAGACUCACUUGGAUCUUGUACAGAAUAUUAACUUAUUGGGGAUAAAAACUUCAACUUUGGCAGAAAACACUUUGGACUCUUCCUAAGGUCAUUCUCAAUCAGAUAGAUGAGUGGUCCCCCGACACUCCAGAAGAGGAGCCUUGAACAAAGCCAGAAGCACAAGUGCCUUCAGGGGCAGUUUGUUCCAGUCCAGUCGCCUCCCUGCCGAGUGUGGCCUGCCCCCAGGAGCAGGAGCUGCGGAGGGCUUUUUCUUUUCUACAUCUUCACAGGUUCUGCUGGGGGCUGCUGGUGGGUCCAGGUCCGUCCCUCACAAAUGGAGGCACUGAUCCGCACAGCUGCAGAACAGGGCCCCUCACAGCCGACUGUGGCGCACAGACAUGCCAUGGCGUCCACACCCUCAAGUGAGCAAAGACAUUUCCCAGGCGCUAAGAUGCUCUCCCUUCCUCAGAGCAACUGGCGGCUUUUUUACACAGGUCCUUUUUAUCUGUUGGCCACAACAGCGCACUUUUGGUGCGUAUUUUUAGUGAUGUGUGAGCUAAAGGCAAGGGUGGGGGUGCCCAGCCCUCGGCAGUGUUUGCAGACGGGCUCUGCACGCACAGGCUUCACGGUCACGGCCGGUGCUGAGCCUCAGGCCCUGUGUGCCCACUGUGCCCCUGUGGUGGAUUUCACCCCAGCAUGGUUGUACUUUCCCCCUCUAGACAAAGUCAGUACUAAGUUUCCAGAAAAUUGGACAGUCUGCAAUGCCAAAAGGGUCAGAGUCUGUAUUUCAAGUUGUAUAGAAUAAAGCUUUAGUUAAACUA